AUGCUUUCAGAUCUUCAAGGAUCAAAUUUGAGAACCAAGCACGUCCGCAUCACGUUGAAGGCGGUGCAUGCGCACUCCGUGAAUAAUGGAGGACAGUUAACACUGGUGGAUGCGGCGGAGGAGAAAAGUUAUGCUCAAGGUUCCAGCCAACGAAGAACCAUGCCUCCGCUUGCUUGUUUGAUAAACCACAAAAACUUGGAAGACAUCUACCGCGUUCGCACUGAGGCUUUCAAGCUGCCGCCGUCCUGCAUCUUAGGUCGCCUGAAAUCCACGAUUCACCUCGUCCAAGACAGAUGA